AUGGGUCCUUCUCGCCCCGCCGCUGCCGGCGGCGCCGCCGCCUUCCCUCCCCGACGGGCCCUCGCCCCGGCGCCGCGAAUGAAGAGGCUGGGCGCGCUCUGCCUCUGCCUGUGGAUCGGCGUCGUCUCGGAAGCAGAUCUGGUUAGUGGCUAUUCUAUGACACCACCCAUUCUCAGCAUCACAGAAGAGGAAUAUAUUAUCAAUGCUAAGGAGACCUUAAAUAUUACUUGCAGAGGACAACAUCCUUUGGAAUGGUUGUGGCCUGGCAUUCAAGAAGACACUGUCCAAACGGGAAAGGAGAGUGACUCAGUGGUAGUGAGUGUCAACGACAUCCGAACAGUCAAGGAAGAAGAUUGUGAGGGCGCUGAUGCAAAGCCCUAUUGCAAAGUCUUGACACUGACUGGGACUCAGGCCAAUGAUACAGGUUACUACCGCUGUUACUACAAGUACAUCAAUGCCAAAAUAGAAGGCACCACUGCUGUCAGCACCUACGUGUUUGUGAGAGAUUUUGACCAGCCUUUCAUUAAUAAACCGGAGACUCUUCUUAUCUACAAGAAGGAAAAUAUCUGUGUUCCAUGCCUGGUAUCUGUUCCAGAUCUUAACAUCACUUUGCUGUUGACAACUUCUGUCAUCUAUCCCGAUGGAAAGAACAUUCUCUGGGACAAUAAACGAGGAAUGCUGGUCCCCACUAUCCUGAUCAAGGAUUCCUGGUUUGUUCAGUGUGAAACUCUCAUUGAUAAGAAACCUUUCAAAUCUAGUUUCUUCAUUGUCCACAUUGCAGGGAAUGAGCUUUAUGACAUUCAGCUGUUUCCAAGGAAGGCCAUGGAGCUAUUGGUGGGAGAAAAACUAGUUAUCAACUGCACAGUAUGGGCUGAAUUUAAUUCAGGAGUUGAUUUCCAGUGGGAUUACCCUGCAAAACAGAUGAAUCGGAAAGUGUCAGAACUGCCUGAGAGGCGGUCCCAGCAGACCCAUACUGAACUCUCCAGCAUCUUGAUCAUCCAAAAUGUGAGCCAACAGGACCUGGGAAAAUACACAUGCAAGGCUAGCAGUGGGGAGCAGAACUUGAAGGAGAGCAUAGAUGUCAUCGUGCAUGAGAAGCCAUUUAUCUACGUGGAAAGGAAAAAGGGCCCAGUGAUAGAAGCAACAGUGGGAGAUGAAAUUGUGAAGCUACCAGUAAAGGUGGUUGCCUAUCCCCAGCCUGAGUUCCAGUGGUUUAAGGAUGGAAAGUUAAUUUCCAACAGGCAAUCUCAAUAUUCCCUCCAGAUCAAGGAUGUGGCAGAGCAAAACUCUGGCUCUUAUACACUGGUCCUGAAGAAUGGGUUGGCUGGACUGGAGAAGAGCAUUAACCUUCAACUGGUGGUCAACGUUCCUCCACAAAUCCUUGAGAAAGAAGCAUCUUCACCGAACAUUUAUUCUUGUAAAAACCGGCAUGUACUUACCUGCACCGUCUAUGGCAUUCCAGCUCCAGAAAAGAUACAAUGGCAGUGGAGACCUUGGACACCUUGCCGAAUGUUUCCCCAGCACAGUCUCAGACCAAGGGCUGUACAACGCCAUCAGAGGGACCGGAUGCCUGAGUGUAAGGACUGGAAGGAUGUGUCACAGAUGGAUGCUGUGAACCCCAUUGAAAGCAUUGACACCUGGACAGAGUUUGUGGAAGGAAGGAACAAG